AUGACUUGUAGAAACGACAGGCUUGCUGCGAGCUCUGGAUUACCAGCAUCACCCGCCACCCCCAGUGGAAAUUCUGUAAUUCCUUACGAUUCCGUGUCAAGCUGUGGGUCUUGGUUCAAUAUUUCUGCUGGUUUUAAGAGUGGAAAGCCCCAUAACAGAAACGAAAAUUGGCAGAUGAUAAUGGUCGGAAGUUUUGAGAUUUAUUACAAGAUUUCUGCUGUGGCAUCUGGUAUUAGAUUAAGGCAACUUGUUCUCAUGUCUGCAUCAGGUCCUACUGAUAAGGGAAUAUCAAAUAGUGCUUAUAUUCAUUUCAAUAAAAGGAAAUAUCAUAUGGAUUCAAUAUCAAAGCUAGUUAAUAUGGAGGAUGCUGCUGCAAGUUCAAGUUCUGAGAAUGUAACUAAGUUUCCACAUGAGAGCCCUAUGUCUGAUUGCCGAAGCGAGAUGGAGAAAUAUGGUUUGCCUACAGAGUUUGGGAAUAAAAGAAAGCAUUUCAGUGCAGUAAAGCCUCAUUCUGAACCAAGAAAUAUGAAAUAUGGAUAUGCUUCCAAGGAUUCAGAUUGUUCCAAGGGUUUUCGUUAUAAUGAACCUUUCGAUAUAUGCUUGUCUGGAAGCAGAAGUUAUGAACUUCAAGCUUCUUAUGCAAGAAAUAUGGAAAACCAGAAUGAAGAAGAUCACAUGGUUGAAUUUACAAAUCCAGAAGCACUGAAUUCCACCAAUCUAAUACUGAGGCCGGGGAUGGUAUUAUUGAAACAUUAUGUCACCCACACUGAACAGGUUGAAAUUGUGAAGAAGUGCAGGCAGCUUGGUCUAGGUCCUGGGGGCUUUUAUCAGCCUGGUUACAAAGAUAGAGCAAAACUUCGUCUGCAGAUGAUGUGCCUUGGCCGCGACUGGGAUCCUGAGACUAGGAAAUAUGGCUCUAGAAGAACAAUCGAUGGUACUCAGCCUCCUGCUAUUCCUCAUGAAUUUAGUUUGUUGGUUAAAAGAGCAAUUGAAGAGGCGCAUACCCAUAUUAAAGAGGACCUCAGAGUUUCCAGUGUGGAAGAGAUACUCCCUUCAAUUUCUCCUGAUAUAUGCAUUGCCAACUUUUAUACAACCAGUGGACGACUUGGCCUCCAUCAGGAUCGCGACGAAAGCAGAAAGUCUCUCAAAGAAGGAUUACCUGUGGUCUCCAUUUCUAUAGGUGAUUCAGCAGACUUCCUCUAUGGGGAUCAGAGAGACAUUGGAAAGGCAGAGAGUGUUGUUCUGGAAUCAGGAGAUGUGUUGAUAUUCGGAGGUCGUUCCAGACAUAUAUUUCAUGGUGUGACAUCCAUCAUACCAGACUCAGCUCCCACGAAUUUGUUGGAAGAAACUAAGCUUCGUCCUGGCCGUCUUAACCUUACCUUCAGACAUUCUAGAGAAGCCAAGCCGGUGAGCUCAGUUCUUCCCUCUCUCUCACACUGUGACAAUUGCAUGGCAUUGUAUGCAAGAAGUUUAGAUGUCACUUGGGGUUUCCCUCCAUACUGGGUUUGGAAUUGUUACAAAGAAAUAAGUGAGGACAACGUCACGGUAGUCAAGCUAUCGUCUGUGUGCUUUCUGAAUGUGAAGGGACAAUUCAAGAUGUCAGAGCUCUCAGCAGAAGUUGUUUAUGUGGGUGGCCUGAAGAAGUGCCAAGCAAGAACUCCAUGCAUAUUCUGCACCUGA